CGGCGGCGCCUGAACCCGGGGGCGCUGGGGGGGGGAAGCCGCUGACAGACACCGCUUGGAGCGCGGCUCUAUUUUCCCGCUCCCCAAUCUUUGAAGUCGCGGGGAGAAGAAGGAAGAGGCGGAGGAAAGGAAGGAGGAGUUGCUGGUUGCCACAGCUGGUUCUCUCCUCCACUCCUUCUCCUUCAUUCCCCCUCUCAUUCGACCUCCCUUCCGGAGCCCGGUAGUCCUCGACUUAUGACCACAAUUGGGACUGGAAUAAAGUGAGACAUCAAGUGACUGCACCGCUUAGCGACGGCAAUCCCGGCCAGUCCCGGUUGCCAUUGUAACCCCAAGACCUGCAGGUUGUUAAGCAGGAAGAGGCAGGAGUCCCAGGUAAGGAGCAUGGGGGUGCCGCAGGGCCAGUGCAGGCCAAGCUCAAGCUGGGGGAGGGGGGUGCUAUGGUGUGGCACAAGCUCAGGAAGGCUGGGGAAAGAAUAUGCUGCGGCUCAGGGGCUUCUUGGCGUGCUGUGGCUCUGGGGCUGCAAAAAGCCCCUGAGCUGCAGCGCAAAGCACAGCUCUAGCCUGGUCCAGCAGUGCGGUGCAAAGCCGCCAUGUCCCAGGAAGACCCAGCCACCCCUGCCCCGUCCCAGUCACUCUCACCACUCUGCAUUCCGAGGCCCCUGCCACCCUGUGCUCCGCCGCCCCAGCUGACCUUCUUCUUGCUCCCGCUGCUGAUGAGGCAUGCCCACCCUGACCCUUUGCAAGGCAGCUGCUGACCACAUGACGCCAUCUUCCCCAAGUCUCAUGAGGAAACUGCUGGGCACAACCUUGGGAAGAAAGCUUCGUGUGGCCAGCAGCUGUCUUGCCAAAGGCCAGGCCAGGCAUGCUUGGUCAGCUAUGGUGGCAGGGGCUGCGGAGUGCAGGAAGCCAAAAGGACAUAGAUGUGGGGGAUAGGUGGGUGGGGGGAGUUGAAGCUCCCCUGUGGUUGUAAGUGUGAGUAGGUUGUCAAGUGCCCAAAUUUUGAUCAUGUGACCAUGGGGGUGCAGCAACAGCCAUAACUUCGGGGACUGGUUGUAAGUCCCUUCAUUCAGCACUGCCGUAACUUCGAAUGGUCACUGAAUGAAUGGUCGUAAGUUGAGGACUACCUGUGCAGAUUUUUCAUCUGUUGUGACAGUUGUCUGGAGUUUAACACUUUGCCAGUAAAAAGAUCUUGGAACCCUGAAAGCUUGCCGCUUUGUGUAGAAUUUCCACUGGCCUAAUAAAAUAAUUGCCUCCACAGGGGUCAGUAUUACUAGAGUUCUCCCUGCAUCUACAGACUUUAGCAGAAUUGUGACCACCCUAUAAUAUAAGCAUUUGUUUUCAGAAUUCCCCAUCCCAUUCUCUCUUUCAUCUUAGCUCUCCUACGUUGGCACUGAUAGCUACUACUCGUUUACAAAUAUGUUACAAUACAUAAUUGAUCUUGUGUUAUAUUCAGGGGUUUAUUGGAAAACAAUUAAUCAAAGACUCUUCAGCUUUGAGUAUCAUCAUUGUCUUGCACCAACAUCCUAAUUGCUGAGUCUUUUUGUACUUGGAAAUCCCACCCAGGACAGCUUUAUGCUACCUCUGUCCUCAUUCAGCCCUCCCUUAAAAAUCAUAAUUGAAACCCCUGAUCUUAAUCCUUUAGUCUUCAACCUCAGCAAAGCCUAAUUAGAUAGAAUUAGAUAUGUCCAUAUUCAUCUUAUAGCUUUUUCCUUCUUUUGCUUUUUGUCUUUGUCAUUGUAAAAAAGCAGAUUUUAAGCUGUUGUACCAAUUGUAGUCAAAUAGAUAAAUUAUGCACCCUCAGAGGGAAUACAGUUUCUACCUGAGUACUGUAAAACUUCUUUCUCGUGUGUGUGAUCUCACAGCUAAAUGGCUAAAUUUGAUAUCUUCCAAGUCACCUAAAAUCCCAGCACCAGCCACACUGGCAUGGGAAAGAAAGCCCAAAUCCAUAUUGAGGUAACUGACUAAUAUUAGGCCAACUGAAGGUUCACAAAUUAGGUUCAAAUGUCCCAGAAUUCUUCAUUCAGCAAUACAACAUAAAUAGAGCAUUAUCAUUGUUGCCAAGAAAGCUGUAUGCGUGAAGUAAUAUCCAAAUUGUUUGGGUCAGCUUAAAUCAUGUGAACACAGACCUCAUUUUAAUGGCUUCAUUGAUAUAGUUGGACUUGACCCAUGCCACACGGGCAGCGCUUUUUAUAAGUAACAUGCCAUGUAAAAUUGUAGUUAACUGCAUCAUAUCUCACUGUCAGAAUAAAUAAAUAGAGUCAAAAAAGAGGCAUGAAAGGUCUUGGUUUGUGCAAGCCUGGAUCCUGCAAAUGAUUACAAAAGCUUCAUUGCCUUGUCUGAUUCUGAGAUAUAUGUGUAGACAAUUUGAAUGUCCUUGAAGAUGCACCAGAUUAAUAUUUAUUAUUUUCUCUGUCACAGGACUAACAUGGUGUCUGUUGGAGUCAAGGUUGUUUAGGAAUUUACAAGGCUAUAUGUAACAUGGAUUAAAUAAAUGUUAAAGCAACUACCUUUCAUUGAAAUUCUGUAUUCAGAAUGAUAUUGAACAAGGCAAUAUAAUUAGACUGCAAACAGCUAUUAUAGUAAAAGCUGCAAAAUAAACAGGCAGAAACAAUCAUAAUUAGAGUGUCGGCAUCUCUUGGUAUUUUAAGCCAUUAAUAGAGUUUAAUGUUACCAGUUCUGGAGAAAAUGAAUUCUAACUAAAUAAUAUUCUGGUUUUCAUCCAUUACUGUAGAAAUAUGUCAUUUGGUGAUUUUUCAGAGAGAAGCUUUAAUAUGCCAUGCAUUUUUAAGUUCUAAAUAGUUUUAUUGAAGAGUCUAAGGGUUAUUAUUUUCUCUGUCACAGGACUAACAUGGAAAACCUUUAACUCUAAUUCAUAUAACAUUGCCUAGCCUCUUACCCUUUUCUCUAACCAAAUUCUCUGUUUGCGAAAUUGCCAGGAGCUCAUUGCAUACCUGGAUAAAGUUUCUUGCUGACUUUUUUUUCUGAGGAGUGUAAUUCUUUGAGGCUCAUACCUCAGUCUCUCAAGGAACAGCAGCGUGGGAAAAGGUAUAAAAGUUAAUGUUUUCAUCCACCCGGACGAAGGAGAAUGGGGACCCUACACCCAAAAGAAUGAAGACUCGACAGAAUAAAGAUUCUAUGUCAAUGCGGAGUGGUCGAAAGAAGGAGACUCCGGGGCCCCGAGAGGAGCUCAGAACACGGGGUCGAGCAUCUCCAGGUGGGGUCAGCACUUCCAGCAGUGAUGGCAAAGCUGAGAAAUCCCGACAAACUACCAAGAAAGGUCGUGUGGAGGAAUCAAUGGCUCCUAAAGGAAGUAAGCAGAGUCGAUCAGAGGAGAUUUCAGAGAGUGAAGGGGAGGAUGCCAAUGCUGCAAAGAAAAGUAAAACAGAAGAACUGCCAAGACCACAGUCUCCUUCAGAUGUGGACAGCCUAGAUGGCCAUAGCUUCAAUGAUGAGACAAGCAGUGACCCACGAGACAUUGACCAAGAUAAUCGAAGCACCUCUCCCAGUGUCUACAGCCCUGGCAGCGUGGAGAAUGACUCUGAUUCCUCCUCUGUGCUUUCACAAGGACACUCCCGCUCUUAUCACCCCCCACUCUUUCCCCAGAGCCCCUCACCAGCUCCCCUGACAGAGGGCCUAGCACGUCCACCAGAAUCCAGCUUCAGCUUAACAGGGGAGGUUCAUCCUCAGGGCCCCACGAGUGGCUACCAGUCUCAGCUCGAAGCCCAGGCUUCAAGGAUUUUCCAGGCACAGGCCCAAGCCCCCUCAGUUCCCACUCCAUCCACCAACUCCUCUUCCUCCUCCCCUUCUUCUUCAUCCUCUUCCUCCUGCACUAUGCAUGCUUCUCUGUACCCUAAUGCUAAUGUGGUCCAACUGGGCCCCAAAGUUGCGAGCGCAGGAGUGGGAAUUCCAGCACCAAGUGUGCGUGAGCAGUCCCUCAGCACUAAGCACAACCCUCCCCCAACCACUCCUAUUUCAUUAGCCUCUGUGGCAGGUGGCUUGCCUCCUCAGAAGACUCCUCCAAACAAUUCCCCAUCCAUAAUUCCUUCUUCUGCUGCCACCUUUCCCCAUGUGCUAGCCAACCUGCCUCCCCCUCCAGCUCUGCGCCCUCUAAAUAACAUGACUGUGACCUCUAGCUCACCAGGGGUGGUGGGGCAAGCAUUAAGUGGACAUCUUUCAUCGCCCCAUGCAAUAGGGCAGGAUAAGUCACCUGUCUCUUCUCGCUAUCCCUAUGCUCCCCCUCCUCCUCCACCCCCCAGCUCUUCUGCCCAGUAUCCCCUCCCUCCCCACUCCCAGGCACUACCCAGCUACAGUUCAUCGUACGGCCACUCCUUUCCACCACCCAGCAGCCUCUCUGUAUCCAGCCAACCACCCAAGUACACUCAGCCCUCCAUGCCUUCCCAGCCUGUGUGGAGUCAAGGCCCACCACCAUACAGCCGCCCACUAGGGAACACUAACUCCCACCCUCCUGCCUCCUUUCCUGGUCAGUCCACUCAUCACCAGCAGCAGCAGCAGCACCAUCACAACCACAGCAGUAGUGCUGGUCUCUCUCCAGCAGCAGUUGCCACACCACAAACAUCUGGUAGUUAUUCCCACCCUCUAGAACCAGGUCCACAUCACCCUUCUCAUGCAGCCUACGGGCUACGCCUUUACCCACCUCAUAGCCAUGCUACAUACAGCCAGGCUCCUUCUGCGUCCACCUCUUCCUCUUCCUCUUCCUCCUCUUCCUCCUCCUCAUCCCAGGGGACAUACCCCGGACUCUGUAGCCAUCCCCAAGGGCAGACCACAGCUGCUUACGCCUUUCCUCCACCACCUCCACCGUCACCUGCACAUGGGGCUGGACCCCCAGUCACUUCUGCUUCAGUUACCCUCUCCACUGUCAUAACCACAAUGGCCUCUUCUUCUACAGCUCCGUAUAAGACAGCAUCACCUCCAGUAGGACCCCCAACGACAGCCCCUUAUGGAAAGCGUACAGCUUCCCCAUCUCCUACUUUCCAGCCACCAGCCCCGUACAAGCCAGGCUCUCCUCCUGCAUCCUCAGCAUCCUCAUUCCGGGCAGCCACCCCGCCAGGAUACAGACUGAGCUCUUCUCCAGCAGCUGGGGGCUUCAAGGCCCCCUCACCAGCCCCCAUUGUCCCUCCCGCCUCUGGAAGUAUGGCUGCCCCGCCCCCACCCCUGCCUCCUCUGCCACUCAGUGCUGCACAGAUCAAACAAGAGCCUUCAGAGGAAUACGAGCCCCCCGAUAGCCCAAUGCCUCCAAUUCGGAGUCCUUCCCCAGCCCCCAAAGUGGUGGAUGUACCAAGUCAUGCCAGCCAAUCAGCCAGGUUCAACAAACAUCUGGAUCGUGGCUUCAAUUCCUGUUCACGGACUGAUCUCUACUUUGUGCCCCUGGAUGGCUCCAAACUGGCCAAGAAACGGGCUGAUCUUGUUGAGAAAGUGCGCAGAGAGGCUGAACAGAAGGCCAGGGAAGAGAAAGAGCGGGAAAGAGAGCGAGAACGGGAGAAGGAACGGGAAAGGGAGAAGGAAAGGGAACUGGAACGAAGUGUGAAGGUUGCCCAAGAGGGCCGGCCUGUGGAUUGUCCAUCCCUUGGCCCAGUUCCUCAUCGCCCAUCUUUUGAGCAAGGCAGUGCUGUAGCGACUGUCCCACCCUAUCUGGGUCCUGACACGCCAGCCCUUCGCACCCUCAGCGAGUAUGCCCGGCCUCAUGUCAUGUCUCCGAGCAACCGGAAUCACCCCUUCUACGUCCCAUUGGGUGCGGUUGAUCCAGGAUUGCUCGGUUACAACGUGCCAGCCAUCUACAGCAGUGACCCGGCCACGCGGGAGAGAGAAUUGAGAGAACGGGAAGCCCGUGAACGAGACCUCAGGGAUCGCGAUCUGCGUGAGCGUCUUAAGCCUGGCUUUGAAGUUAAACCAGCGGAGUUGGAGCAGCUCCAUGCUGUGCCCAGUGCUGCAAUGGAUCCUUUCCCACGGCACGGGGGUCUGGCUCUCCAGGCAGGCCCAGGCCUCCACCCUGCUUUUCCCUUCCAUCCAGGGCUGGGCCACCUGGAGCGAGAACGGCUAGCCCUGGCGGCUGGCCCAGCCUUGCGCCCUGACAUGUCUUAUGCUGAGCGAUUAGCAGCUGAACGGCAGCAUGCCGAGAGAGUGGCUGCUCUGAGCAACGACCCCUUGGCUCGGCUGCAGAUGCUCAAUGUGACUCCCCACCAUCACCAGCACUCCCACAUCCACUCCCACCUCCAUCUCCACCAGCAGGACGCCAUCCAUGCAGCUUCUGCCUCCGUUCACCCUCUUAUCGAUCCACUUGCUUCUGGGUCACAUCUCACCCGAAUACCCUACCCAGCGGGCACCAUCCCUAAUCCACUUCUGCCUCACCCACUCCAUGAAAAUGAAGUGCUGCGCCACCAGCUUUUUGCUGCCCCCUACAGAGACCUGCCUGGCUCUCUUUCUGCUCCAAUGUCUGCAGCACACCAGCUCCAAGCCAUGCAUGCACAGUCGGCAGAGCUGCAGCGCUUGGCCCUAGAACAGCAGCAGUGGUUGCAUGCCCAUCACCCUCUGCAUGGAGUGCCACUUCCCACACAAGAGGAUUACUACAGUCAUCUGAAAAAAGAAAGUGACAAGCCCCUUUAAAUGGACCCCACCCCCCACAAUGAUGUCAUUAUCCCUUGUUGCUGCUGCUUCUUCUUGGAGAGGAAAACCAACUCACCAUACCCUGGAUGAGGGAGAAGCUACCUAGUGACACAGUUCCUUAAGUCAUUCAACAAACCCAGGCAACUGGGGUGGGAGGGAGAAGGGUAGUGCAAGGGAAAAUAUCAAAGAUCAACAAGGAUUUUGGACAAAUGGCUCAACAUUCCCUUGUUUCAGUAAGAAAAGGUAUGAAUUGUCACGCAUUUCUUCUCUUCCUCCCAUGUCCCCCCACCACCACUCCCUAGUCCUAGGGUGGAUGUCACUAAAAGCAUAAUGGGGCUAAACAUGCCUCUCUUUUUUUCAUACCUUGACAACCAGAUGGUUUUGAGAAGCACUGCAUUAUGGGACUUUCAAGAAGGCAUUGUCAUGUUCCUGUUCAACCCUUGAAAGACUGGGCCAAGUCAAGAGGUGCAUAGCACCACAGGAUGGUUUCAAGAGAGCAGCUGCCUUUUUAUCCAUGCCUUGAGGGAACUUUGGUGGUUCUGGAGAAUGCUGUGGAGUGACAACAGUGUGUUUCCCCCUCAUUUCACUAGUGAGGCAGAUUAAUAUGGCCAAACAGUGCAAAGCAUGGUGAAACUGUCUCUGAUGGCAACUGCCCCUUUCCCCUUCACCCAUUCCAGUCGAUGUACUCAUGCACAUCCCGUUAGACGUGGCAGUUUUGCGUAGCAAUUUGUGAAUCCUUGAUCUCCCCGUGUGUGUGUGUGUGUGUCUAAUUUCACAGUUGUAUAUCUUGAUCUGUCCUCAUAUAUAUAUUUACAUAAGAACAUUAAAAGAUAGCCAAUUAUGGGAGAAGGAUCUCCCUACACAACCAGUUCCACCCAGCAAACACAUGGGUGUGCACAUGCACGCACACACACAUGCACACACACUAAUUUAUAUAUAAAUGCAGCUCUUAAAGAAAAAGCCAGCCAAGUAGCCAAAAAAAAAAAGCCUUCCAAAAUGUUUUAAUAUGUGCUUUCUGCAUGCCUAGGGGCUAUUAUUAUCAAAUGAUCAAGAUUUUAAAAUUACAUCCCCUGCUCUUUUGUUGCAAAGCAGGGAAGUGGGAAAGGAUACCUCGAAAAUAGGAUGUUAUUCUCUGCUGGAGUGGAAGAUACUUUAAUAGAUGUUCUUUUUCCACUGUUUUUGCAGCUCGGUAGGUCCUUGUGUUUUGGCAAUUGCAUGGAGUUCUUGAAAUUAGCACCUUGGAUAAUUGCAGCACCUUGUGAGUUUAUCAAGGAUUCAUUCUAUUCAGUCUGUGUAGUAGAGUGCAUGUGUGAGAGCAUGACUUGGUCAGCUGUACACAGGCUUGACUUGUUGGAUCCCAUUCCUGAAUCAUAGCAUCCUGAGGAAUAAUUUACGUGGAUGGGACACUCUUCCAUCACGUACAGAAAAUCCUUGCUCAGGUGAGGGAAUGAAGCACCAGAAAUGAUAAAUAGGAAUUACUAGCUUUCUUUCCGAAGAGUACCUCUUAACAACCAUGUUUUGUAUACACAUCCCCAAGAAUGAGAUUUGUGAUCACCUUAGCAUGGCCUUGAAGACAGGGCAACGGAAAACCAGCAAGAACUGGGGAAAGACAUUGGCAUUGGAUGUUUUCUCCACUGCUGCUAGCAUAGGAGGGGAGGAGAUAAAGUGGAUGAGACCAUACUUAAUUCCCCUUACCCUUAAUGUUAGGGUGUCUUCAAGAUGCUUGGCUGGAAUCACAUUCUUUGGAGUGCAAGUAGCUUCUGUUCGGAGGCCUAGUUCCUCCACAGUAUAAACACAAGCUUUAUUAGCUGGCCUGAGCUAGGGGAACGAAAUGUGUCAAAGGUAGUAUGUCCUUCAAUGGGAGUAAGUAUGCAUAUGUGGGUGAGCAGGUUAAACAGCAUUGCCUGGGUGCAAAAGCCCAUGGGUAACAAACUGAUAAUGGCACCUCUGGGCAAAGCAAGAGUUCGGCAUGAAGUCAAGCUGGUACUUUGUGCCACCUGCCUUCACUGUGCAGCUCCUUGGGCUCAGAGGAUUAGAAAACUCAAGACACAGGGGUCAUGUAUGUAAAACUGCACACACUACAGCAGUAAUUGUAUAAAAAUUCCCUAGCGCGAAGCGCCCAUUCAAGAACCUCAACCUACUAGAUCUCCAGUAACGAUUUCGCUGCUUCUGCUCUGCUCGACGUCUGACACCAAAGGGGGAACGAUAUCGCCAGAGUGGCUCGGCUUCCUCACGGAAGGAGCCAAACUGCAACUCCUUCCGGCCGCUUCCAAAUUCGGAGUCCCCUUUCCGGCUCCGGCGCCUCCCCCUUUAGUUAUUGGCAGGGCGCGGUCUCCAACUGUGACCAAUGAAAGCGAUCUGUUUAGCAUACAGCCUUUACGGUGCCCAAAGCUUCGUUUUAAGGAAUAAAUACGUAACUCCCGCAGGAAAUACGGUGGGGCCUUUUUUUUAUAUAAUUGCUUCUUUUAUACUGCCCGCGGUGGGACAGAAUGCGCCUUCUUAUUUUAUUCACCAACACCUGAAACGUGUUCUGUUCUCCGUGGGUGAAUGCCGUGUGCUCUCGCCUCUCAGUGACUUCAGCUCUUUUUGUAUUUGUCUAGAAGGCUUUCUGCUGUGGCGGAGAGCCUCCCAAAUUUCGUCAAAGUAAGAUAUGUAUCUAUGUAAGAAAUUAAAAGGCUGCGAAGUA